AUGGCUAAAGCACAGUCGUCAGGUGUGGACAUUUCGGGCGUGAUUGGUCAAGGUAGCUCCAAGAUCAAAAAGAAAAUCAGAGACAUCACGAGACUUCUCAAACGAGAUAACUUAGCCUCUAAUGUGCGAAUUGAGAAUGAAAGAGCUUUGGAAGCACUGAAAUCAGAACUCGCUACUGUGCAAGCCAAUCUCAAAGCUAAAAAGCUUGCACAGAGAUACCAUAAGGUUCGCUUUUUUGAGCGCAAAAAAGCAGUCCGUAGGUACAAAAAAGCGCUCAAAGAGCUAAAGGAAUUGGAAGCCAAAGAUGGCGACCCUAAAGCUAUCAAGAAAGAGAUCAAAAAGCAAAAGAAGGUGGUCAGACAUUGCGAAGUCGAUCUGGCCUACGUUCUGAAUUUCCCGAAGACGGAAAAAUACAUUGCAUUGUACCCUGCAAACACAGACACAUCAGGGCUGUCUGAAAAAGCUAUCAAAGGAAUCCAAAAAACGGAGGCCAAAAGGACUGAGUAUCGCAAGAAAUUUGGUGAGCUCCUGGACUCCGGAAAAUUAGAGAUCUCUUUGGAAGACGGAAUCAAAAUUAUCAAUAAGGAAACCAUUGAUUGGGGAUCCGAACGGCCAGAGACCGCCGCCGAACAGAAACAAACCACUCAAGACGACGAAUUCUUCGACUAA